AGAUGAAACAGGAGCUGUUCUUUGUGCGUCAACUUUGUCAGCAGGAACAAUGGGGUCCAUCCUCUUUUCAACAUGUAUCACAGUAGAAGUAGACCCUUCUGUAGCGUCGAUCAUGUUGCCACCUUCUAGAAGAAAACACAGUUGAAUUGACAAUGUAAGUACUAACCUCCGCGGUUGCACAUUUGUUUCCACCUAGUUUCGCGGCUUCCGUCUUUGUGAUCGCUAAAGUAAGCUCGUCGUAGAAACACGUAAAAUGCGUCUCCGCAACACGGGCAAGCGUUCCGGGCAGAAAGAAGUCUGGUACAGCGACGCGCCGUAUCCACAGUAAAUUUCCCGUACACGUACAAACGCUAACGCAGCCUCUACAUGACAAAACUGGGCUUCCAUCCUAGUUUAGCAUGACAAGUGUUACACUCCAAAUAAGUGAAAUUUGUGAUGCAUCUUGUACAUGUACUACGGGUUAACGCUAGACCGCCUCUUGUGCUACUGAUUUUUGAUCAAUUUUUGAAGCAUUUGUGAAGAAAGCACUUUUUGAGAAAGCGAAGCUCCUGCCUGCUGUUUUUCGGGCUCGAAGUCCGCUGGUCGUGACGUUGCAGUCCUUGUUGCGACCCGACUCCACUCGCUUCCUCGUGCGGGCGCGUGGUGAAUCGCGUGCACAAUAUUGCGUGUCAUCCGCGGCAGUCGUGCGAAGCAACAUCACGUCGCUCUGCGCCGCCCCUGAGUCAGCCUCUGAAGGAUGGCUGGUUUGGAUUCAGACGAUCCUGAAACAGUCGCCACUUGUUGCGGGGAAUCAACAAGAAUGCCUCCGGUCAAUUCGCCGGUAAGUGCAGCCGGUCCACAAUUGUUGAGAAAGAUCCACAAUUGUUGAACGCAGUCACUUAGACUUGAAGACGGUCAAGAUAUUUUGACAGCAAUCAAGCAAUUUGUGACGGCAAUCAAGCAAUUUUUGACGGCAAUCAAACAAUUUUUGACGGCAAUCAAGCAUUUUGUGACGGCAAUCAAACAAUUUUUGACGGCAAUCAAGAAAUUCUUGAAGAGAGUCAAAAAAAAGUCAAGUUCUGCGUCCCCUACUGUGGCGGUCAAUUUUGACUUGCGUUUGACUCUUUUUUGACUCUCUUCAAGCGCUUUUUUUUGACGUGUCGGGAUUUCGCUUCAGGUUCCGGCGUUCUCAAGAUUCAUCUGCAACCAAAUGACGUUGGUUCGUCCGCGCCCUUUCGGCUUCGGGCGACCAACUCGCAUGAAAAGCCCGGGGCGCGCGGCCCUUCGGGCCGCUAACUGUACUUCUGUAGCUGCAUCCGUAGGAUUGGAAGCCCACCUCUUAUGGUGAGAGUUGUGGCGUUGGUGGUUACAUACCACUGGGGACCGUCGCUCUUGUUAGCGGCUUGCCACACCAAGGGCUGUUUGGAAGCUACAGCCGAUUUGACCUUGGCAGCUUCGUCUUUGCCAUGUGUCGCGUUUUUGUCGCGUGACACCAUCGGAACAAACCGCGACUUGGUAAAGCAGAAAUACCGCGCACGCAGGGAAACGGAACGCGCUUUGUUUGCCGUCGCGCCCCUGUUUCGGUUGUCGGGGGGCAGCCGGAAAGAGCUCGGAAAGUCGCUGUGCGUAGUGGGUCCAUUUUCAAAAUGGCCUUUCUUCACAAAUUCGUCAAAAAUGCUUCAAAUUGAAUUACACGACGGGACGGCUGAGGUUAACUACGGGAAAUUUGUCUUGCAUACGCCGCCUCGGACACAGAAAAUCAAAACAGACGAUGGAUCCAUCCAGAAGGAGGAAAUCGUGAUCAAAACGUGGCAAAAACUCCCGUCCGACUUACUAGAAGAGUGGUGCACGAAGAAGAAACGGCCGAAACCACUGUACCUGCAAGCAAAAUCCUUUCAGGAGAACGUCUUGCGGUUUCGGGUGAUUUUGAGACCACCAGCGGUGAACCACAAGGGAGCAAGGAAUGAGGACGAGGAUGGUGCAGAACGAACUGCGAUAACCGCACAGCAGGACGACUUGGUUUUUUCGCCGUUUGAGUCGACAUUGAAGUCGAAAAAAGCGGUGAUCGCGAAAGAGGAGGCCGCGAUUGUGGCGUAUUUCUGCGUUUUUACGAGCCCGGAUCUGGCUCUGGUGGAAAAGGAUGAACAGAAGGAGGUACAAAGUCAAUAAAUUUCCGUUUUUGACUACAGUGAUUACUGCACAUGAAAUUGGUAGGCAAGUGCCUAAAUUUCGUCUCGUGGGAUGGCAGUCGGCCCCCUCUGCAUUUACUUAUUAGCCAGCAGUAUAUCUAUUGUUUCAGGUCCGAUAAAAGAAUGAAGUGCUCCUAUCAUGAUGUAAGCAACAGUUUCAACAAAGCAUAGUUCACUCGGAUUUUGCGAGCCUUCUGGCUUGCGCCGGUGACGAUGCCAAACUUUCACUCUACCAACGCUGAUAAGUUUAUACGAGAGCCACAUGAGCAGAUAGAUGUAGAGCUGAUCUGCAUUCUUGCAGGAUGAGAAUUAUACAAAAGUUUUGUCUUGCGCAAAAGAUCAUUACAAUGAUGCAGACAACAGUUUUCAUCUCACAAGCAUAGUUCACUCGGACCAUUGCGCGUGACGAACAAUAACUUUUCACUCUACCAACGCUGAUAGAAGCAAAUCUGUAUUGCUGGAUGUACGAAAGUGAAGGCUCUGUCUUGCGCAACCCGCAUGAUGAACAAGACGAAUGCAAAUAUGAUGGCUACAAUGAUGCAGACAACAGUUUUCUCACAAGCAUAGUUCACUCGGACGAAUGUGUGUGACGAAGAAUAACUUUUCACUCUACCAACGCUGAUCUGGCUUCAAAUGCGAAUUUCUAUUGCGCAAGACAGAGAAGUAAUCUAAGCCUUGUUUAGUUUCCUUUAUGUGCUGCAUCUGCUGCACUAGCAUUACGAAAGUACUGCUCGAUAUUCCACCCACCACAACACAGCACGCCAAAGCGGCCAAAAACCGGCGUUUCGUCCCCUCCGUUUCCGAGAAAUUGCACCAGAGUCCUGAGUUCGCCGAAGUGCUCCGCGUUCUACCGGACCCCUGGAAGGGCUUCUGGUACCACAUGGCGAAGGGGACGAAGGGGUGCAUGCAGGUGGAGCGCUGGCUCUCUGCGCCGGGGAACGACGGGAAAGAUGGCAGUGAUGACGAUGAAGACGAACAAUCUGGUGCGCAAAGCGGUACUGCGAGUGCUUCUUCGUACAAGGCCCCUGUCAUCCAGAAGCCGCUCUCCGCAGCUGGAGCAGCUGCAACGGCAGCGAAUACGGCGAAACAGCCCGAGGUGGUGAUCUUGAACAAAAUCACCCGGCUAUGAGAGUGCACAACUUCCCUUCCCCCUCAUUUGUGUGGCAUAAACAGCAAUACAAGCGUCGACAAGAGUUCAGGUUUUGCAUGACAAUGUCACCGAGGAUUGUAGUGCUGUUUGAGGUAUUCCAGAACUUGUCAUGCAAAAAGUGCCAAGGGGCAAAGGGUGGAUUUGGAAUUUUGCAUUACACAUGACGGGGAGGGGGAGUUGUGCACUCUCAUACCGGGCGCAGGAGACCGAGCGGGAAUUCUUCGCGGAGCAGGCCGUAUCCUGUGCAACGGUAUCGUACUCGUACUAGGUGCGUUUAUGCAUUACAAAUCUCCAUCCCAAGGUAAAACAGCAUGGCAAAUGGGUUUGUCUUCAUGCUGAGCUAAUUUGUAUUGCAAUUACUACUAGUACGAUACAGUUGCAGUUCAUAGGCGGUCCAGCCCAUCUAUUUUGCGAAGAAAUUGAGGAAAGAAGCGCUGAAGGCUUUGCGAGUCGAACAGGAACUGGAAGACCAGUCUGCUGCGUGGCUUGAGAAGUUGAAAGAAUACGAGAAGGAAGAACUGUUGGAGGACGGAGAAGACGUUCUUGAUGACGCCGCCUCUACCGCACCAUCUACCGCCGCUCAGUCGUCGUUGCUCGGAUUGUCUAAAAUUGAAGAACAGCUGGAGAAUAAACGGAUCCAAAAGCUGUUGAAACACUACGUUCUCAAAGUCGGUUUUGAUCCAAGAGACGUGAUUGCUGCGAUUUUGAUGACGAAAUCCGGGACGGAUGAAGAGGUGCAGACGUUUUUGUCAACAAACAUACCCGAGGAGUUUUUGCCGGAAGAGUUUAAGGUCCGAGGGCAAUUUCAGACGUAUGCGAAACUGAGUUCCACUUUCAAUCCGGCAGAUAGAACGAAUCAUGCAGCCGGAAGUACAACGGCUCUUGCACCGACGCCGGGCAACAAAAACGAUGCCAGCGCUACCGGUAGUACAACUAGUACAUCAAAGAAGAACAAAAACUUCGAAAAGUUCCGGGACGAAAUCGAAGCGCAACUGGCUCCCUUGAUUGCCAAGGAGGGAAAGUUUGGAUUUUUGGGUUUGUGGAAACGGUACGAGGAUGAAAACGAGAAUGAGAUGAAAAACAAGCAGCUGAAGUCCGACCACGAGCUGAUCGCGAUCGACACGGGAAAAUCGGGACUGGUUUCACAGCAUUUAGGGGCGGGAGGGAACACAUCGGGCGACCGCAAGCUUGCGAAGCAUCUGAAUUCGCAGCAGAAUAAUUCGGUGAUUCGUGGUACUAUCGGAGCAGCAGCUGCUAAGUCGCCCAGCACGAAAACGUCAGGCACUUUUAGAUAUCAAGUGCAAAAAUGUCUGGGUCUGGAAGAAUGCAUGUCUGUUGGUUGGUUGGUUGGAUAGCGCCUGUCGCCGGUGCAGGUCCCGCCCUCCAUCGAUUGCGAUCCGGAGUAGCCGGAACUCAAGGCCCUAGUGGCACAAUCGAUCGACGAAGCCCUUUAUAACCAGGUCACAGUCAUCCGGCUGCCCUGGAGUCAUUCGCGGGCCAGGCAACGUCUAGGAGCUACGGAUUACUUAGGGAUCUUGAUGGGCGAGACAGGUCACAGUCAUCCGCCUUCAUAUUCGCAUGCUUGUCUGGCAUGACUCUUAAAAAUCUGUCAUGUACCUUACCCAAGAGCUCCAUUUUUCUGUGAUGCAGAAACGCAGCCUGUCAUGCAGAAUAGGCAACACCUAGAAGCUCAGAGACUUGCCAUGCUGAGCCAGCAUGUGUGGCCUCAUCAUGAGACGCCACCCAGCAUCACAAGUUUCCAGACCCAGACAUUUUUACAUUGGAUAUUAGACCCUCAAGCAGAACAGAACCCUUGAAAAACAGUUCGGAUAUCCUGUGCAAAAGUAUCGUACUCGUAUAAAUGCAAGUCUUGCGUCACAAAUCCUUUUCUUAACGUAAAUCCGCAUGACAGAUUUUAUUUCUCACGCUGAGGCAAUUUGUAAUGCAUUUAUACGAGUGCGUGCUCAAUAUAUCCCACCAAAAAAAUCGAUCAUACUCAUACAGGGCCGCAAAAAGCCCAAAAAUCGCUAUUUUUUCAAUUUUUUAUUUUCAAAAAUUUUUCGCGGUGUCCGGCAGACCCGGGCAGCCGCUUCUGUUUUGGUGCUCUUAUGACGUAAAUAUUGCGCGGCCUAUCUUCUUUGGCUGCUUGGAGUAGUUUCGCUACUCCAGCAACUAAGAGGCGGCAGCAGGCCGAGUAGCUAUGAGGAGGCGGAUGCUACUCCAAUAGGGCCGUCAGACAAACCACAAAGAAGAUGGCGCAACUACUGGAGACCAAUACCAUUGCGCGGCCCUGUCCCAUUGAUUUCGUUGGCGUUAUGGCCAUGGGCCUGCAUUUCUGGGCACAUGCCGAGGAGCCCGAUACCCCGCCUUGGCCUUACUUACCACCAGCUCCUCGUCGGGAUUUUAACUGCUUUGCCCCCCCCCAGACCGGCAACGCCGUCCAAUCUGGAGAGACUGCUCGCGCACUUUCUGGCCCCAGAUGAGCUAAGGCAAAGUGGGCACAUGAUUGGCCUCGAAAAGACGGCCAUUGCAUGCGGAUCAAAAAAAUCGAUCAUAUCACUUUCGGGCGCCGGAGACCUCUUCCGGGCCGCCCCAUCAGCGGAGUCGAUUUGCUGAACUUCCACAGCUGAAUUUGGCAAGAUUUUCGCACUUUUUCGAAGUUCGAAAAAAUGCCGAUUUUCGAUAUGAUCGAUCGGCCUCAAAAAAUGGCCGUUAGCUCGGUCCCAAAAAAAUAGAUCAUACAUUUUUGCGAGUAUGAUUAAUGCCAUUUUUUCACUUUUUUCAAAUUUUCUAAAAGAAAAUGGCAGCUUUUGGCAUAUGAUCAAUUUUUUUGGGCCGCUGCUAUGGUGAAAAAUUUGCAAAUUUACAGUUUUUGAAAAAACGCCAAUCGCGGUGCUACGGCGCAGGUCAGCAAAUAUGAUCGAUUCCGGACUCAGCUCGUGCUAAAAAAAAUUGAUCAUACCGCAAAAGCUGUCAGCUUUUGCCGAUUUUGCCACGUUUUGUUGGCCGUUUUUCCACGUUCUCCGCACUGAAAAUUGCUGUUUGAGAUGGCCUUUUUUGGUCCCGUCCCUGGUCGAUCGCUCUGGCGGCGAUCCUGUGGAGGCGUGCCAGAGGAUGCCACCGGAGGUCUGCCCAAGAACCCCAGAACGCCUCAAAAUAGAAGGCCCAGCCCUUAGGCUUUUGCGCGGCCCCCAGCACAACCCAUGCAUGUUUGUCGCAGCACCGUCUCAGCGGGGCUAGAGCUGGCAUCCUGAAGGCCAUUCCUUUCCUCCUGGGCCGAGCAUGUGCCAGGCUGCGUGGAUCCUUUGCCUCCAUCCAUGUGACAGGCUUGGGAGCGGGAGUUAUGAGAGACAAGCGCCCGACGGCGGGGCCGGUAGGUGAGGAGGGGCUUGGACCGGUAAGAGGGGGCCGGCAAGAGGCCGAAGAGCAGAGCCAGGACAAUUGUCGCGGGCGACAUAUCCGCGCCAGUCGCCUCCUCGUAGCUAGUUGAACUACUACAGGCAGCCAGUCCAGAGCUCAGCAACGUUGCCGCCCAAGCAGAAUGCUCCAGGCCUUACCUCCAAGCCAUGCAAAUUUUCCGCCGAAAAAGAAAAAUCGCUGCCGAAAUACAGGAUUUUUGUUAAAAAAGCGCAGGCUUUUUUCAAAAAAGUAGCAUUUUUUGUGUCUUGAAUUCGGCCAAAUAUGAGUAUGAUCGAUUUUUUUAGUGCGAUACAAUACUUUUGCAGUUCAUAUCGGAUCAUCAGGCACAAAACGACUACAACGGCUCUGCCAGCAGCAGCGCAAGUAGCUCUUCUGGGAAAGACAAUCGAGCUGCGGGAAUAAAAAAAGAGCACCCGUCGGUACGGAUAAAAGGGUGGGCGAAAUCUUUCCUGCAGUCUCGCGAGCACCAGAACGGACAGCAGGUGGAGCACUUUUUGCAGAUCAUCGAGAUGUUUAGCGCAGGGAUAAGUCUGGAUAACGCGGGAGCAGCCGCGCGACAUACAGUGGACCACGGCCCAGAUCAAUAUCAAAACGAAAUCGCCACCGGUCUCGAUUCCUGCUGCGAAAUUUUUCAAGCCGAGAACUUGAGCGAGGCUUUUGUUGAGAACUUUCGGAGGAAAUGGAAGCAGGAAUUUGAGGAAAGUGCCAAGGAAAUAAAUCAUGACGACGAGGAGUUAGACGACCCUCCGAUCGAAUCUGACGACACGACCCCUGCUGCGCAUCAUGAUGGCGAGGGAAGUUCCUCCGCGACCUCUAGCUCAAGUGCGGUUUUUACGAAAACAGGGGCCGCAAUGACGAGCAGGCAGAACGACGACGACGACAACGACCUUAGGACGAAGCCGAAAGAGCAAGUUUUUACGAACGAGCGGUUUCUGAAAGACUACCGCUACGUAUGACAGUGCACAGCUCCCCCUCCCCCUCAUUUGUAUUGCAUGAACAGCAAUACAAGCAUCAGCAAAAAUGCCGGCUUUGCAUGACAAAUCUACACUGGAUUGCCAUGCCAUUUGGACUACCAGAACUUGUCAUGCAAACAAUGCCAAGAGGCAAAGGGUAGAUUGGGUAUUUUGCAUGACAAAUGAGGGUGUUCCGGGCUGUGCUUUGUGCACCCCUCGGACCCCGCACCCCCCCGGGCUUUAGUCGCGCAGUCUGUUAAGCAUGACAAAUGAGGGGGAGGGGGAGUUGUGCACUGUCAUACUACGAGUACGGCAGUUGGUUUCAGGGGAGUCCGUACUUCGGCAUGGAGGUGCAGGAGCUUUGCACCACAGACAGCAGCGCGUCAACGUCUCAUGGCGAAGCUAGCAUGACAAAUAGCAGUGCCUAUGGGGAAGUUAGCAUGACAAAUCAUGCUUCAACACAAAUAAACGUAGAAGAGCCGGAUUGGAACGACCCGGGGUGGUGGUGGGACAAAAAACAGAAAAAAUGGAGGCACGAAGCGAUGGAAAAGGCUGCUAAGGCAGCAAAGCAGAAAUCCGGCGCUUCAUCUCAUCCUACUAGCAAAAGCAACACAGGCGCUGCACCGUCGUCCACCUCCUCUGCACAUCGCUCUCUGAUCAACAACCCAGCGGUUCUAAAUUCCCUGAAACACCGCGGCAACAAGGAUCUCCCCGCGUUCAAAAUGAAGCAGAAAUUUCGGGAGUUGGUUAUGACCCGCUCAAACAUUUACAAUUUCAAACGUUAGAGUAGAAUCAGGAUUUUGUCUUGCAUUACGAGCAUGACAGACCCGCACAGCGUUCCACUUUCUGCAAUACAAAUUUCGCCAGAGAUUUUAGUGCGGUUUGGGACUUCCGAACUUGUCAUGCGCAAUCCCAUGAGACGAGUUGGCUAGGUCAUGCACUUCUUGCAUCACAGACUUCCAGACUCUAUUGCAACGCUUGAGAUUUUUGUAACACCUGAGCAGGUUAUAUUGGUCGCUGAGCAGGACGUCACGCUGGUUCUCGGGCAAACCGGUUGCGGAAAAUCGACACAACUGCCCCAGUUUCUUCAGGGCAACAUCGUCUGUACGCAGCCACGGAAGCUCGCGGCGAUCUCGUUAGCGCAACGGGUUGCGAGCGAACGGGGGGAAAGUCUGGUACAGCAGAGCAGCGGCGCCGGCGUAGUUAAUAGGGCCACUAGCAACACAAAUUCCGUGGGCUACUGCGUUCGUGGGGAUGUGAAUAUUCCCAAAACGACGGAACUGGUUUUCUGCACUGUGGGUGUGUUGAUCAGAAAGUUGCUGGAAGACAACAUAGACUUCACCCACUUGGUCAUCGACGAGGCGCACGAAAGGCUAUGCAAUGCAAAAAUGUCGUAGUAACUCAUACUAGUAAAUCGCAGUCAUGCAUUACAAAUCUGUUCAUCAAGGUAAAACCGCAUUACAAAUUCCAUUUCUAAUGCUGACCAAAAUUUGUAAUGCGAGUUCCACUAGUACGAUGCUUUUGCAUUUCAUAAAGGUCGCUCGACAUCGAUUUCUUGCUCAUGCUGGUCGCGAACCACUUCCGGCAUUGCAGGAAUUCGUCUGCAGCUACUUCGGGAGCAGGUGGUGCAUCUUCUUCAAAGCCGAAAUUCAAAUUGAUCAUCAUGUCGGCAACGCUAGAUCAGAACAUUUUCGACAUGUUCCCGGACAGCAAGCGAUUGGAAAUUCCUGGUAGAACCUUCCCGGUGGAAACGUAUUACGCAAGAGAGUUUCUGAACAACUAUGAUUUGACAAAACCCAACUCCGAAAUCGACUAUGAGGGCAUUGCGAGGUGUGUCCACCUGGUUAGGAACCACGGGAAGUUUGAUCAUUGGGAAUUUUUGGAACAAGAGCAAGACGAUGAAGUCGAAAAUUAUAAUCCGGACAAAAAAAAUCAGUAUCAACAAGGCGAGAAAAUCUUCAAGGGCAAGGGGAAAAACGAAGGGAAAAGAAAAUUCCGGAGAAGGUAUGGGAAAGCAAUCUUGAUUUUCAUGCCUGGUGUCGGGGAGAUCAACAAGAUGUGCCGGGUUUUGAAAGGGGAAGACAGGGAUUUUCGCAUGAUUGACGAGGGGGACAACAGCAUGACGGCGCUGCCGUGUGAUUCUGUUUUACCCCUUCACGCCUCCUUACCCCAGUUCGAGCAGAAAAAAUGCUUCAAGGUUUUCGAUGGGAAAGUGGUGAUUUCUACGAAUGUGUGCGAAACCUCCAUCACGAUCCCGGAUGUGACCUGUGUAAUUGACUGCUGCCGGGAGAAAAGGUUGACGCUACGGAAGCCGGGGGACUCGGUCGAUGGGGAUGUGGGGAGAACUACAGAGAUGCUGAACACUAGUAAUUCCAACACCUCUGACGCGCUCGACGACGACACCAUCGAUUUUUUGCAAUCUUCGGCUAGCGAAAUGCAAACCUUGCGGCUUCCGGUCUUGCAAGAAAAGUUCUGCAGCAAGGCGAGCAUCGAACAAAGAAAAGGGCGCGCGGGUCGCGUGCAGCCGGGGAUUUGCAUACGCAUGAUUAGUCGGUCGUAUGCGGAGAAAAAGUUGGAAGCGAUAUCAACAUGAAAAAUCCCCCCUCCCCAUAUCAAAAUAAAAAUUUGUGAUGCUGAUUUGUGCGUGUGCCCAGUUAUUGCCCUUGGGCAUCUCCCACACCAGACCGCCACAGACGACCGCAAGUUCUUCUUACAGAGCAAGGACCGCCCCCCGAACUCCUCUGGAACCUUCUACCACAUGAGCACAUCAGUACACGGCUAACAGUCUCGACAGCCGAAGCGUUCGAUAUCCCGAACGUGUAUUGGCAAAACCAGUCUUCACACGGGAUAUUCCAUCCACGCCGGUUCUACGACUCGUCGUUGUUCGGAACUCCGUCCCCGGUGCGUGUACGUCGCGCAGAGCUUCAAGCUGAUUGGGUUGAACAAAAUCGACUUCUCGACGAUAUUUUCACCCAUACAACUGCUGCGGCUACCGCUUCAGCUUCAUACACUUCUUCGGAUUGCGAAGCGGCCACUUCGUCUACAACUACUGCACCGCAGAGCCCAUUUGUGGCUUCUACUCCAGAAAAACAGGUCGUAGAUCGCACUAACUGGUCCAUCCGACAAAUCGAAAAAGAUUACUUCCCGAGAUCGGGCGCGGCUCGUGCAACGAACCAGUAGGGCGGGUGAUUCCUUCACACUAGCGCCAUGCUCGGUCCUGGUCAAGCAGGUUCGAUGUUUGCGUUCAAUUACGACGAGUGGCUGGCGCAGCAAGAGCAUCGAUCUCGCGGCAACAGUGCUUUUCAACCAGUGCAGUCCGACUCGGAGUCUCCCUACCGGGGUCACCUGGAGGCGCCUGAAAGUCCUUCGCUCGGGAAUAAUAUCGUCAAGCAGCUGCAGUUUGACGAUGACGACGAUCCGGUGGCACAGGAGGCAGACCUAUCUGCUUGCCCUCCGGAAAAUCCAUUUUUACCACACCUAGCGGCCUCUCUGCAGUCGGAUGACGGGUCGCCGUUGCCAUUAUUGCCAUCUUUAGUAGUGGAACAGUUGCCGACGGUGUACAUGGGUCCGCUCUUAGAUUUCGUCGAACAGUCGGUGCUCCGCGACAUCGAGACAAACAAUCCGCUCGUCGCGUCACCGGUGCAGGAUGCAGCAGAGCCAUGGUGGCAGAGAAACAAGACCUCCACUCUCCAAAUCCAGGACCGGGAGCGCAACUGGGUUCCCACUGAGUGGGAAUUGUUGCACUACCCACCUUCCUUACCGCUGUCCCCUACUGACCUGAUCCGACCACUGCCGUACAACUUCAACGGAGCCGAUGCGCUGCAGUUCCCACUGGUGAACCCGUUCGAGUUCUCGGAACUACGAUUUGUGGAUGACAAGCUGAAGUACGCGGAACGGGCUUCGAUUUUCCAGAUCGAAAAGUACGAAAGUCGCUAUUUCCCGUCUGCUGGCAGGUUAAGCGACAUCCCCAGCAGUAGUAGUAGCCAGGCGUUCGUAGCUCCGGCAGAUGAAACCAAUCUCAUGGCGGAUCCUGCAAUGGUGAUGUCGGAGCCAGCUUCAGAACCAGCCCCACAACGAAGACGGCUCAAUCCAGGAGUCGGAUCUGGACCCGUGCAGCGCAGUCAUCAGCCGGCUCGCUGGACCCCGACCCCGACGGCAUCGGAGUUAAGCCGGAUGGCCCGGGGCGUGCAGUAACCGCCGGGCCCUACACAACUUCUAACAAACCCUUACACGGUUUUCGACCGACCUAUCAACGGACAUGCUCCUCGUGACGACCUUCAGCGCGAUUUUUACACACCGUUUCCUACAAGCAGUUUAUCCACCAUUUAAUUUUCUUCUAACAGAUGCGCAACUUUCUUCUCAUGCAGGUGCUUCACAUUUCCAGUAUGACACUGCAGCACGACAGCCAGUUUUUCUUGGCCAACUUUGACUUCCAGCGGAUACCAGAAAUAAAAAGACAUGCCAGACAACCAGAAGGCAACUAACACCCACUACCAGCUAAUGCGCCUGAAAAUGCAACAUCAACAAUAACCGCGAACAACUUGCACACUAAGGUCUUGGAUGUGAACACAUCGGCGAGCGGAUUAUCCAUUUAAAUUUCUAAACUUCAUUGUCUUUUUUAGUCUUCUCCUGGUCCCCGUCCUUGGCUCUUCUCUUUAGGCCCUUAUCGGAUGAGCUGUUUUUUCCGACUUGAUUCGGGUCUUGUUCGGACCUGCCGUUUGGUCGUGUCCUCUUGUUCUCCCUCCUCCCCUGCUACUUAGUUUUCCUGGGUCCUUGUUCUCAACUAGGUAAUCCUUGCGUCCUCCUCUCUACGAGCUUGACCUCUUGACUUCCCCCCCCCCCCCCCCCCCCUGUUCUUUUCCGACCUGCUCGGUCUCUGCGCUCCUUCCUUCUGUCCGUUUUUUAUCGCCUAGUAUGAGCCCUCACUUCCAGAGGGACAUCCUCCUAGCAAAUUUUAAAUUUCCUUUUUACAAGUUUACGGGCCUAAUUCUGUUAAGGCAACCAAGUACUUAGGUUUAGCAUUACAAAUUUCUCAAGUCUGCUUUUUUAACUUGAUAAAGUUAUAUCAGCAACAAGGGAUGGAUGUUCUAAGCGGUCUUUCUAAGCAUGGGAGUUAACAUGCUCGGAAAUAACAUCUCAAACAUACAGGACAAAGAAGUGUUUUUAGCGCGUUCGUCGUAAAGUUUGUCUGCGUAAAGUUUUGGCGCAUUCGUCUGUACUUCGUAAACUGACACGACAAAAAUAGACUCGGUAUCGUAUUCUGACCUCGUGAUUGCUCGACGUAAAGACUGAACUCAUUAAACAUACAAAAUUGAUCUCGGUUUUGCACGUACUGACAGUUGUGUUUUGACAAAACGCAACGUAGCCAUUCGCUUACGCGUAUAUAUGUGAUUUCACAUCCACCGUCCACGUUCGGUGCUCGUAGCUCGUCUGGCAAAAACUCGGUUCGUCUCGUGUGCCUCGUAGCGUCCUAGUUUUGCGCCCAUCGCCUUAGGUUGUUUCAUAGCCGUUGCAGGCUACGUCCCUAUGCUCUCCUCCUGGAGCUUGGAUAGGGACGAUUCCUUUUUUGCGCUGCUAAGCGGUUUAGGCACGGCGGCAGAGCAAGUUUUCACGCAGUGGUGAGCAUGCACCCACGGUGCACUGCGUGUGGACCGAAACUUGUUCUGUGCGAGCACCCACGUAGACCCCCAGGCCCUUUUCAUACCGCAGGUCCGGUAUGCCUGUUCUCGGUCUUCUGGGACCCCGUGUGGCUGUAGUCGUCCUGUUGCCGCUGGCUCUCUUAGCUAGCUCGUUCGUUCGUUCAGUACCGUGCCAUUCGUAUUCUGCAGCACUUCGUAAAGCCUUCCAUCUACUUUUCUAAAGUAUCUGACGUUUCCUUUUUCACCGCAGCGAUGUGCCUGCACGCACCACCAGAAGUGCGACGAGGUGCCAAUCGUGUUUCCACAUGUGCCAUCAGAAGUGCGUUGAUGCGCGAGGGUCGUGAAUGUUACAUACAUGCAGCAUGCCCUGCUGCAUGUACUUCGGGUCCGGAUGGAUUUGUCAUGCGGACACGCAUGCAUGGUUAUGCAUAAUCAUUUGCAUUCUGCACUGACCUAUCGCGGAACACGCACAUAAAGAAGUCACGAAGCCAUGACUUUUGUGUUGCCUGGUCCCCCCGGACCAGCACGGGGGACAUCCGACGGACGGCGACGCAGCAGCUCGGGUGUGGAAGCCAAGACAUAGAAGUACAAGAUUUACUACCAUCGCUGCGGAUCAUGAGGGGGAAAUAGAUUUUCCAGCGGUGCGAAGACUUAGUGAUAGCGAGCAACAUCGGUUUCUGCACAUGCGCAUCUCCGUCUUGGGCUUUUUAUCGGCUGGCCGAAUUUUUGAACUCCGUCUUCGGCAUUCCAUCCCCUUGACCGUCGCUGAAGCUUCUCCCCAUCCUGUUUACGAAGCAGUGCUUCACACGCGCGACCAGAACAUGCAGUCUUUUCUUCAACACGCUUGCCGACCGCUGCGGGAAAGUUCCAAAAAAUUUGCAUGCACAUCGGAGAAUAGUUUAUUUACGAUGGGGCUACUAGAACUAUUUAGAAAUAAAAUUUUAGUGGUUUACGUAAUCGGGGGGCGGCUUGAUGUCUGCGGCGGAUGAUGACAGUGCGCACACUCCUACAAAUACAUGGCUGCCGGGCUGCUUCCCGGUUGGUCUAGUACAAACAAACACUUUGGCACUGAUCCGCUAAACACCUUGCUGCCUGCCCCGCCCGCUCGGGGAGUAAUUAUCUCUAGACAGGGCACCAUCUGCGGUUGUCCUUUAGGGCGUUCGAGUCUAGAUAGAAUGCUACCAUGCGUAAAUCUUUCAUUUUGCAUGGGCUCCUGGUGGCUGCUUCCACCGUCGGGGAGUAUAAUCUGACCAAACAUAAGUCAUUGGCCACUGGGUCGCUGUGACGCCGUGCCUGCACGCACCAUCAGAAGUGCGACGAGGUGCCAAUCGUGUUGAUGCACGCACCGUCAGAAGUGCGUUGAUGCGCGAGGGUCGUGAAUGAAUGAAUGAAUGAAAUUUUUAUUGGUUUUAGUAUGGCCUGAUGCCAGUAGGGACGAACAGCCCGUAGACCUCCGAUGUGAUGCUGAUUUGUGGUCACAAAUCAUCGCUGUCUUCCUUAUAGGGCAAUAGGAGCCAUGUGGCGCAUUCCAAAGCCAAUCUGUCAUGCGCUUUCGGCUACUGCAUACCCGAACAGGCUGAGGAAGUGCCGUCAAGCACUUUCUGCAAGAGAAAGCUGAUUUGUGUACGCAAAUUCAGCAUUACAAACUUCGUUCUGAUAUGGGGUGGGGGGAUUUUUCCUCACAAUAAGCGAGCACCGAGGCGGAGAUGGAUAUUCUUCCCUUGGAAAAUAUGGAAGCGUCAGGUUUGAAAUCGACAAAGUUGAAAUGAUUUGUCAUGCAUAAAUUGCAAGGCAUGAAGUGCCUCUCUUGUAGGGGCGGCAAGUGAGGCCGACUGUCAGCCUGUUUCGGGUCUGCGGUAGAGCUGCUAAAGUAGCAUGACAAAAGACGCCCCCUGUCCCUAAACAGCACGACAAACAGGAUUUAGACGGCGCCGAAAUUUGUCAUGCGCCGCUUGUCUUCUUCCUGAUGUCCCACCUGCUCAAUUCUCUCCACCCCGGACCGACAUUUCCGGUUGCCCCGAUACUGCUGCAGACCCGACAGCUACCGAUAGCACCCACGUGGUGAAUUCACGUGGCCACCGGGGAAAGCCUCCCGCCCGUCCUCAACGCGCAGCUGCGGCGCCCUGUCCCCGGUUUUCUACACUCUCCUCGGCCCUCCAUCUAGAACUUGCUGUUGCCGAUUUCCAGAAAAGAUUACUCCAGAUAAGCCAACGAACCCCGGAAUGAAGGGGCCGCGCUCUGCCCCCACGAGCUUUCACUUGUGCGCGCUGGGGGUAGUGGCGUGUGCUGCUCCUGCCUGGUCGGCUUUGUCACCGGCUGGCACUCGUAAAACUAUCCUCCUAAAAGAUCCACAAGAUAAUAGAAAACUUCGUCCAUAAUGAGUAUGGAGAUGGUGAUGGUCUAGCCCGCAGCUCCUCCUAUCCGUUGCUGGUGACCUGGUCUGUUUUCUGACAAUAAGCGCUGUGUCGUCUAAUCUAUGGGUGCGAGUAGAUGUAUUAGUGCCCGGCGGGUUUCUCGCAGCAAUAAGGAAACUGGCAAGGAUAAACAUCUGUCUGUGCUUCCAGUGCGCAGAUGGACUGUGCUCUGCCAAAUAGUGAAGUAGUUUGGACUGCUCCAGUUCUGGUCCCGUUGCUGUAUAUUGUGCUCGGGUGCUGGGUGGAAAGGUCCAACAAAUAUGUUGGCGUGUGUGUGUGUGUGAGGAGGAUAGUUUGGAGUGCCAGGUCCGUUGGGCCCGGGGUGGCGGCGUCUUUGGGUUGAUCAACUCACCCGAAACACAAUGCCAUGCCCGCAGUAGCACAGUCUGUUUAUGUCAUGCGCCGCUUGGAAAUUGGGCUUCCAAGUGGUAUCGAUUUUAUGCAUUACAAAUUUUUUAUUCAACUUUGACGAUUUCGAUCCUGACGCACCCAUAGAAAACAUCAUCUUGCAACUUCUGGUCGGCUUGCAGGACGAAAAGUCGCAGAAGAUUCUCACCGGAGGAGGUGGGGGAACUACAUCUUCAAGCGGUGCGGGUGGUAGAAAUGAGAAUGUUACAACUUCUACGACAACACCAAGAGCAAUACCAACAUCCACAUCCUCUGUGAAGAACAAGAACACCAAGCGUGCCGCACAGCUCGAUAUCAUCGACACGUUUAAAGAGUGCCUCAAAUACGCCCCCAUAUGAAUUGCAAAACCAAAAGUAUCGUAUUCGUACUCGUAUAAAUACUAAACGGAAAAGUCCGGGAACGGGAAUUUUUGCAAAAAAAUUGUCACCGGCCCCGGCGCACUCCCCGACGUAGGUGCCCGCUUUCAGGUUGAGGAGAAGGUGCUGCAGGAGAUCGGAAGUCCAGCACCGCGAAAAAGGUGCCCGUCAGUCCAGGCACGGGAGCAUCUGGGCGAUUCGGCGAGCUUGUUUUCCCAGAUAGGACAUCAUUAUUCAAAAACUUAAAAAAUCAUCUUCAGGUACUCGCCGACUUACCUCUUUCCCGGGAAAUAAAGCACUAAUCUCCACACACUAAACUAGUUAAUCGCAUACAGUCACACUGAUGGUCUAGAUAAAUAAAAACCACUCUUAUCAUCAUUCAAAACUAGACUCAGGCCCACGUGUUGGGAGUAUGUUUUUGCGCCUCCGGAGAUGAACCAGAUGCACGCGGUCCGCUAUUCUCUCGCCCCGCCAAGUCCGCCACAAUCUCCACUUGUUGCACCACCUGGUGCAACAAUGCUACGUGACGGCCUACCUGGAUCACCUGGACGAACGACUCCUCCGAGGUAUGGCCUUCCGCCCGUCUGGUGCCGGAUCCGGACGCCCCUUGCGACAUCCUACGCAACCGUUCUCGCCUGUCUGACAUGAGGAAUUGCUGCUUUGAUUUUGAAUGCGUAAGUCGCUAUGGAGUGUUUAUCUAGCUAGUUUAGUGUGUGGAGAUUAGUGCUUUACUCUGCCGCCUUUCGUCCGGGCCCAGGUAAGGACUUCUUUUACUGCUCGAGCCUUCUCUCGGCAAUCUUUGGAGAGCAGUGAUUGAGCCUCCUCUGCUGCGCCUGAUUGUAGAGACCUUGACUUUGGUUGAUAUGUUUUUGCAGUAUGGAAUCAAUGAAACAAAGAACAACACACACAGGGCCGACAAACUUACCUCGCCGCGCCACCUAACAAUUUUUUUGCAAAAAUUCCCGUUCCCGGACUUUUCCGUUUAGUAAUAAAUGCAUUACAAGUUAUUUCCUCAGCAUGAAAAAUAUAAUUUGCAAUGCUGAUUUACCCGAAGAAAAAGAUUUGUAAUGCACGACUGCACUACGAGUGCGAUACUUUUGCUUUUGCACAGGAUACCCCAGUCCGCCCGUCGAUGACGCGAUUACCAUUGGGCUCACGGAACUUGAGUCGCUGGGCGCGAUUGAGUAUCAACAGGUGGUAGGAUCUACUACAACCAACACGGCACCCCAAUAUCUCUCGAAGCAGCUGCGCGUGACGCCUAUCCCACGAAAAAAGUGUUACAGUUACACAUUUGUAGUUAAUUCAGCAACACAAAUUUCUCUGCAUGAGACAGAAAACUUGUAAUGCAGAAAUCCUACGGGAAAACAGAAACACGUAUGAAACGAGGCUCCUAUGCAUAUACGGCAUGACAGAGCUUGUCUGCCUUGCUUGGCCUGCAACACAAUGUGUACUCCCGCAGAGGGAGCGAAAGAGCACGGCCCGAGCAAUUGAAACUGUCUUGAUUUGCAUGAAAGGGGCCCGAAAAUGAAACGCUCAGCGCUCCCCGGAAUCGAUUCAAAUAAAACGCGAACGCCUGCCGGGGCGGUUGGCAAAAGAAAGACAGGGAAGCGACCAGAGGCCGGCGCCUUGGGGACGGCGACGGCCCUCCCGGCGCCUGCGCUCCCAGGGCGUGACAAAUAGCAGGCAAGGCGGCCGCCGCAGCCGGCUCUGUCUUCCUUGUGCCCGUGCCGCGGCCGCUGCGUAGUUGUGUUGGUUGCCCUGAGUUUCAUUUCGUGCCGCCCUGCGAGAAUUUGCGUGGCUCUGGGCGAGCGGGCCGGACGCCCGUGGUACGUAGGGGGCGCCGAGUCUCCGCGUCCUUGCUUGGUCGCUGCGCCUUUGCCGCGGUUGGCGCGCUGCUCUGAGUUGCAUGUUGCGCCGCCCCGCGGGAAUUCGUCUGGCCCUGGGCGAGCGGGCCGGGCGCCAGUGGUAGGGGGCGCCGAGUCAGUCUCCGUGCCCUGGUCUGGCCGCUCUGUCGUUGCGGUGGUUGGUUCGUGCCUCUGAGUUGCAUGUCGCGCCGCCCCGCGGGAAUUUGCCUGGCCAUAGGCGAGCGGGCCGGGCGCCAGUGGUAGACUAGAGGGCGCCGAGUUUCCGUGCCCUCGCUCGCCUGGCCGUUGCGUCUUUUAGCUGGGUGGUUCGUAUGUAGUGAGGUCGCCGCACGGCUCUAGCCAGCCAGGGAGUUUUUUUGCCAUAUACCGUGAAAAACGGGCGGCAGUUUUCAAUCGGCCGGCGGUGUUUUUGAACAUAAAAAGCUUUCACUUGUCAAUCGGCUCUGGCUGACCUGGCACCGAAUCGCCAGCGGAUUCUAUCGGUCGCCGAUCUAAAAAACGACGCAGAGGAGUCAGCAAAAGGGGCGCCAUUCUGAGGCGCCUGGCGCACCUAAUUCCGCCGAUUUGGGGCGCCCUAAAAGGGGCGCCGAAAAAGUGCGAAGGCGGCAAAAGCUUCGAAUCCGCAUGCUUUGCGCGCCAUUUUUGGCCACUUUUCGAGGUCGCAAAGACGGCCAACAAAAUCGGGCAUCUGUAAUGUGGGGAGCAAUCCAAGGCGCGCGACUUUUCAGCAAAAAAAAACAAAAAGCGGAAAGCUCGCCAAAAUCUUAAAGCCAAUCAAACAAUCCGCAUGCCAUUGGCCCGAUUUGGGGCGCCCAGGGGGCCGGGCUUGGUGGGGGCCCUUGGGUGGCUAUAGCACUGGGCAGCGCAUCACAAGGCGAUCCUUGGCAAAUACCCACGCGCUCGGUUUCGUCGUGAUCUCGUGCUGUGUGGGUUUGUCGCUUUCGAAAUUUUUCCCGACAAGUAUUUUGCUGAUAUUUCAACAACCGAGCGGCAUAGCUUCAACGCUUUAGCUGCGCAGCGACGGUUAGAGCGACGACUGAAGCGCAAGCCACUGAACGAGAAACAGCAGCAAGCUUACGAUCGUGUCAGCGAUAUGGUUGGACGGUUGGCAGCGUACAAACUACAAAAUAGCGCGACGCAUGCCGCGAAUGUUGAGGCGGCUGCGACGUCUCCGCCGCUGAUUUUCCCGCCGCAACACAUUCAGGGACGACGGGGCACAGGCAAGACGCACCGCGGAAGAUGUUUGCGGGACAUGGUCACGGGCGCUGGCUUGCGGGGUGUGUGCUGCGCUCCCAGUGGCGCUGCUGCGCGAUUAUAUGGCCUCGAUGCCCAUACCAUUCACGCGCUCAUCAACGUGGCACCGUCACGAACUAAACUACAGCCGGAUGGUUUAGCGUUUGAAGAUAUUGUGACCCCUACGGCCGAAAACGAUGCAUGUUUGCGCUCGUUGGAUUUUACAUUGUGUGACGAAAUUUAUUCGGCGCAGGCGGCGUGGAUCUUCGAACUUGACGCGGCGUUGCGGCGUGCGCGAAGCAAUCCCGCGCCAUUUGGUGGCGUCAUUUUUGUGGGGAUUGGCGAUCGGCAUCAGCAGCUUCCCGUAUUAAACACGGCGGGUUUUUAUGGAUCACACUUGCCAGUCGCUCGCGCGGAUUUGCUAGCCCAUUCAGUGCAUGCCGUUUCGUUUUUGAAGAAGCCCGUCGCAGAACUGCACCAGUUGGACAAAUUGGAGCGAAAAAACGCGAACACCGAGCAAAGUUGGGCCGAUUUCGUCGAAACCUUGGCAACGGAAUCGCAAGACAUUGACUUGCACAGGUUUGCGCACGUUAACAAAAUAACAGCAGCAGAGCGCGUCGCUUUGUCACCACGCGCGCAAAUUUUAGCCGCUACGCAUCACCAAUGCCGUCGCUGGAAUAAACUCGUUCUCGAAACGCAUCGCGCAUUCAACCCCAGAGCUAAAGCAGUGACAUAUCGCGCAGAAGGGCGCUGCGAGUAUGCUCCCUGUGGGAGUAUCUGCGAAACAGUCCCCGGAGACGAUUGCCCGCCUAUCGACUUGGAGCUCGUCGAAGGGUCUCGCGUGGAAUUCUGUCGGCGUUAUGGGUCCGUCGUGAAGCACACGAAAGGCGUCGCGCGCUAUUUAGGGCGUGACUUUGUGUCGCUCGAAGUUGAAACCGAAGGCGAGGCCGACACACUUGACGCGGAGCCAUAUACCAGCAUGCUGCUUGUGCCGCGUCUGCCUAUUCGAGUGGUCGACGCUUACGGGGAAGAGCGUCGGCAUUUGCAAUGUCCCUUGCGGCUAGCUUAUUGCAAAACGUUCCACGCCGUUCAAGGCGUCACAGUAUCAGGCGAGUUGUUGCUUGACUCAGAUGUCGACGCGUUUACGCAUGGGGCGGGUUAUGUGGUGUUCGGGCGAGUUGAAGACGAGUCGCAAAUUACAACGGUUUCGCUCAAUGAUGAGAGGCCGGAAAAGCUGACCAACAUAGUGUGGCCGGAAUUUCUCGCGUGACUGAGCGCAUCCCGACCCGUCUGAUCCAUACACCGAAAAACACACGGCGACGCUUCAUACGUCGCACCUUACGCGCUUGCUCGCUGCUCCUUUCUGCGCGAUUGUGUUCCGGGAUGCUUCGUCAGUCCACUGCUCUACUUUGUUGCUCAGCCGACGACCUUGACAAUUUGAAAAACCGCGCGCCAUUGCUAAUUUUCCAGUCCGCUUGUCGUGGUCGCAGCAUUGUUUUGAGGUUUUUGAUCUGAUUUGUGCACCGUUUUGCGCGUUUUGCUGAGAACCGCCCGGCUUCGGUGCCAUUUUGUACCGUUUCGCAAACUGAUGGCGCAACUUGCGCGCAUUUUGAUCCAUUUGCACCAACUUGAGGCAAGUUUGCGCGUUUUCGUGCUUUUUGCAUAGCUUUCGCGGUCAUUUUGCUGCUUUUGUUAUUGAAUUAAGCCAAAGCAGUGCCAUUCUCGCCGUUUGCAAUGCUACUGGCUGCAUUUGUUGCGUUUUUGACUCGUUUGCAAUUGAACUAAGCCAAAACAGUGCCGCUUUUGCCCGUUUGCAAUGCUACUGCUUAUAUUUGUUGCGUUUUUGACUAAUUUGCAAUUGAACUAAGCCAAAACAGUGCCACUUUUGCCGGUUUGCAAUGCUACUGGCUACAUUUGUUGCGUUUUUGACUAGUUUGCAGCGUUUUCGUUGUCAUUUUGCACGAUUUCGCAUGCUAUUGACCUAAUUUGCGCGCAUUUUGUCCCGUUUGCUUUACAAAAACGCAGGCCCGAACCGCAACAAUUUGCGAAAUUUCGGCGAAUAUUCGCGGACUUUUUUUCGUCGCAUUUUCCUCGAUUUGGAACGUUUUUCGUGGCUUUUGCCAUCGUUUUGACGUUUUUGCGUCGAUUUUUGCACCAUUUUGCAAGUUUUGCAUCGAGAAAAAUUCAGCGAUUUUCGGUGCAUGUGUUGCGUGUUUCGUAACAUAAUUUAUAAAGUAACUGCAACACUUUUUUCUUGCGAUAACGCCGCUCGGACACUUGCUGGUGAAACUUCCGAUGGAUGCGCGGUUAGGGAAACUCCUGUAUCCCGUGCAAAAGUAUCGUACUUGUAGUGCAAUCAUGCAUUACAAAUCUUUUUCUUAAGGUACCCAAAUUUUAUUUCUCAUGCUGAGGAAAUUUGUAAUGUAUUUAUACGAGUGCGAUACUUUUGCAAUUCAUAUCCUGAUCUACGCGUCUAUUCUCGGCUGUCCCAUCGAAGGCGCUAGCUUGGUGGCCAUGCUAUCUGUGAAAAAUCCGCUGCAGAUAUCCUGAGAAAAAACGUCACCACCCCAGAUGGUGAUUUUGCUACACAAGCCCGGAUGUUUUGUGUGUUGCGCAUGACAAGUUUGGCCUCGUAUACGUAUUUUGAUCCUGUUUAUUAAUAGCCUGCGAAACCGCAUCACAAGUCGACCGUCUUAUCCUGAUUCUAGCAUGACAGACUCCCGGAUAGUACAACUAGCGGUAGUGUGAGACAGCACUGCUCAUGCGGCCCUGCGCAUAGGAAACAUUUUAGACCUGCAGAUUUGCAUGACAGCUAUGGGGAGGGACGUUUUUAAACAGGACGCCAGAAAAUUUGGACCAAGCAGGAGGCCGAGAAGCGGCUGCACUACCGCCGGAAGUAUUUGAAGCCGGGCGGAACGAAGUCGGAUCACUAUCAAAAGGAAAAAUGCCCCCUCCCCAUAUCGAAAUGGAAAUCUGUGAUGCGGAAUUUGUGUACACAAAUCGGCUUUGUCUUGCAGAAGAGGACUGCAGGCAGAUGCAGGACCUGAGUAGGGGCGUUUUGGCGUAGGCACCUAGCAGGGCAGGCGCGUCCUCUAUAGGCCACAUAGCAUCACAAAUUGCCUGCAGAACGCGGCGGGGCUUUUCGAUUUGCCUUCUUUCAGUCCAGAGACGUUACAAAUCAGCAUCGCAAAUUUUCAGAAGUGUUCCGCUUUGGUAUGGGAAGAGGGGUUUUUUCCUUACGAUAGCCACUGUUUUUUAGCGAGUUUGCUGCUGGUGAAGGAGAAAUACAACUUGUCUGAUGACUACUUUGCGGACGAAUUGAAAGUCCUGCCGGGAUCCAUCAAGGACGGCCUGAAACUGCGGAAACAGUAUGCAUUGCAAAUAUGUCUGGGUCUGGAACAAGAUGGCAACUUGUCAUGCCCAAUCUGAAUGAUGCAAAAAAUCUGUGUUGCAUGGUUGCCAACAGCCGUCCUUUUUUAACAAGUUGAGAGGGAAUUUCUCAUGCAGCAUAGGCAUGAAAGAGAUCCCACAGAAUCUGUCAUGCCAGGUGCUGCAUUGCAGACCUCAUGGGUCGUCAUGGAAACUGGCGUGACAAAUCUUACAUCCUGCUGCUUCCAGAUGCAGACAUAUUUGCAUUUGAUAAACAGUAUCUCCAGUCGAUGGCACACCUGGGUUUUCUGUACCAGCAAGACGCAAGAGCAGUGGCGACGUCCAGAAGUUCUGCUUUUCUUGAUCAUGCAUCACGGAGAAACAAUAAAUCUUCUGGCGUGGCGCGGUCUUCAUCUCCCUCGCCGAACUGGCAGUGGCAUCUGUUGAAGGCCGCAGUAUAUGACGUGCUGAUGCAUUACAAUCUCAAACGUAUACAAUAGAAUCUGGAUUUUGUAUUGCAUGAUGAGCAUAAGUAACAGACUCGGGGAGCAUUCCACUUGCUGCAAUACAAAUUUCGACAGUUUGUAGUGCGGUUUGGGACCACUCCGGAACUUGUCAGGCGCAAUCCUAUCAGAGUUGUUGGCUAGAUAAUUCACUUCUUGCAUCACAAGUUUCCAGAUUCUAUUGUAACGUUUGAGAUUGUAACACCUGAGCGGGCUAUACAGUAACGUCAAGUUUUUUCCUCGUGAAGACGGUCAAGCCCGCGCCGACGUUUCGAAAAAUCGGGUUGGGCAGUUCCAUAUCAGUUGCAAAACUAUUCUCGUACUACGUAGUGAUUGCUUUAUUGCAUUAGAAAUUAGCUCAGCAUGACAAAUGGACUUUGUCAUGCUUCUUCCCCUUGAGAACUAGAUUUGUAUUGCACGACUGCGAUUACAACUACGAGUCCGAUACUUUUGCAAUGCAUAUUCCACCGUGAUGGACUUACCGGACCCAAUAUCAAACAAAAAAGUGUUAACGUUAACGGUUUUCACAGUCAGAUGGCAGUUAUACAUUACAGCUUUUGCCUUCCAUGCAUGCUACGCAAUACAAAUUUGGGCACCUUUUGUGAUGCGUUACUGCAUCACAAAUUCCGUUAACGUUAACGCUUUUGCUUGUGAUACCCAAUGCUGACCAAGUAUUUCCAGCUCGAAAGGGACCCCUUUGCGUACAAGGUGAAUUAUGAAUUGCAAAAGUAUUAUCGUAUUCGUAUAAAUGCAUUACAAAUUUCCUCAGCAUGAGAAAUGAAAUUUGUAAUGCGGAUUUGCUUUCAGAAAAAAAUUUGUAAUGCAUGAUCGCAAUACGAGUACGAUACUUUUGCACAGGAUAUGAAUGCGAUGAGUACGAAGAGUGGGACGAAAAGUGUUACGUCACAGGUGGUGAAAGCGAAAAGUAUGAAGAUAAGCGAGGGAACUACAAAGAUCUCCAAACGCGAGGACGGAGAUUUAUUUCCUCCUGAAGCAGGAAAAAUAUCAGCGCAGCCACGACUAGUACCGGAUGUCGAUGCAGAUGAAACUUGUGGAGCUGGUAGCGAGCAGAAGCAACUUAUCAAAUGCAAAAGUGUCUGGAUCUGCGGGGGUGUAAACUUGUCAUGCAGGUUUUCCAUGACCUUUGAGGUCUGGAAUGCGGGCCCUUGCAUGACAGAGUCUGUGAGGUCUCUGUCAUACCUACCCUGCAUGAGAAACUCCUUUACAUUUUGGUCGAAAGUGGACAGCUUUUGGCACUCAUGCAACACAGAUUUUUGCAUGAUUCGGAUUCAGCAUGACAAGUUGCAAUCUUCCAGACCCAGACACUUUUGCAAUCCAUACAACUGCUUCUCAAAUACCAGCAGCAGAAAAAUCCACUGCGGUAUUUGACCAAUGUAUCGCAAGAAAAAACUGUUUCACUGUGAACCUGUGAUGCAGAGAACGAAGCGCCAAAGUCUUUGUCUUGCUACACCUGCAACACAACGGAUUUUUAGGCGUGUUUUCCCUUGGGAAACGCGCAUGACAAAUUUUCUGUGUCAUGUGUAGCAAACUUGUGAUGCAGAUCUUGCAAAACCAUCACAGUGAAGCAGUUUUUUCGUGGGAUACAAUGCCAACUCCCUGUUCCACUUUGAGGGUCCGAGUCCGGAAACGAGUUACAUGGUGCACACCAACCUUUUUCUCGACCAGCAAUCGAAAAAACUCACGCUCGACACGGUUUCCGAGGCCACCCCGCUUAUCAACUGCAAAAAUGUCCGGGUCUUGAAGAUUGCCAGGCUUGUCAUGCAUAUUUUGAAUGAUCCAUGAUGUCUGUGAUGCAUGCCCUAGCAUCACAGAUCUUUAGGGGACUUUGCGAUGCCUCUACCGCAUGAGAAAUGCCCUUUCCGUGUAGCACAAACUGGAGUCCUCUUGCUGGUCAUGCAAUGCGAAUUUUUUUAGAAUCCAGAGACAGCAUUACAAGUUUAGAACCUUCCAGACCCAGAAUUUUUUGCAAUCCACCCCGCUGGCGGUGCUGCUACUCGCGACGUUUUUUGAGAUUGAGUGGAAACCCAACGGAAUUAUCAGCAUCGACGAUGGGAAGUUGAUGUUUACCACCGUCGGGACCGCAAACGUCGCCCAGCAACUGCUUGGUGCAAACAACAGCUCGUCUUCAUCCGGUGGUCUUCAAAGUGCUGCGAAAGGUGCCUCCUCCUCUUCUUCUUCUUACGCCGCGAAGGUAAAUAACCGCAUCUCAUUUCUGAUCAAACGGCUACGGUAUGAGCUGCGAGAAAACGUGCUGAAGAAAAAAAUCGCCGAUCCCUUCGGCUUAUCAAAUGCAAAUAUGUCUGGGUCUGGAAACUUGUGAUGCAAGUCCGUGAAGAACAAUAAGUGCUCUGUAAUGCGCCGCCAGGCAUGACAAGUUUCUUCGUGCUUCUCUGCUGCGUAUUUCGCAUGAGAAACUGCGCUUUGCAUGACAGGCAAGAGAGCCUCUUGGUGGCCACGCAAUACAGAGUGCAUAGUCAUGCGAGACUAGCAUGACAAUCUUUCAGAUCCAGACAUAUUUGCAUUGGAUAUGGCUUUGAUAUCUACGCGGCAGACGAUGGCAGUUCGUCAAGCGAAAUCUUGCAAGUGGUGCGAAAAAUCCUAGCCACGGACGGGAUGGGGGGAGCGACGACGUCGUAGAAAAAUCGAGGCACAGUAGGAUGAUGUUUAACAGCGGCCAGCGUUCUCACAACACUUCUAGUAGACACUAGCACAACUAUAUUUUUGUUAGUGUUGAACAACAAACAACCGGAAAAAAAAUGUUCUAAACGUGGCAUCUCCCUGGGAAAAGUAAAACGAAAAGAUGUUCUUCAAGGGGAUGAAGAUCGUGACUUUGUGACUACCUAGUUGUAGUACUCACUAGGUCGUGGUCCUGUUGUGCGCCAUCUGAUUACAACGGUUUUCCUAGUAUUUCCACCUCGGCGAGGAUGAUUGAUGAUUGACGAAGUAAAAGUUAGGCCUUGAACGACCUUUGAUGUCGUGCCCGGGCACGGAAAGAAAGAAAGAAAGAAAACGGCUACAACUUAGGCGAUUGAUAUUUUUGCCGUUGAUCAAUCCAUCUACAGCGUCCUUGUCGGUGAGUAAUAAAAUGAUCAAUGACAUCAACUGUUGAGAAU